UGCGUGCAGCUGUUUCUGUCUGACUUGACGCGCCUCUCCUCUGUGCCGCCUUGCAUCGGCGCUGAAGCCGCAUAAAAGCGUUUUCCAUAAUAAUGCGGGCGCAGUGAGCGGAGGAGACCCAGCAGGAGGAGGUGGACCAGCGGAGGGUUUACUCAUAGCCUGCCUGCCCGCCUGUCAGGCACCGCACCAGAGGAAUACAAUGUCGAACCGAAAGCACCGGGACAACCAGGAGAUCUGCGCCCGCAAGGUCCGCGAGCUGGCCCAGUCUGGAGUAAACAAACACUGCUUCGAGUGCAACCAGCCCGGGGUGACUUACACCGACAUCACGGUGGGCAGCUUCGUGUGCACGUCGUGCUCCGGAAUGCUGCUCCUCUCCAGUGUGGGCGUGUAUUUAUGUGUGAGAGGCCUCAACCCUCCCCAUAGAGUCAAGUCUAUCUCCAUGACAACCUUCUCCCAACAGGAAGUGGAAUUCCUCCAGAACCAUGGCAACGAGGUUGGGAGGAGGACUUGGCUGUGUGUGUUUGACCCAAAGACGGAUGGCUGCUCCGACAUGAAGGACUCGCAGAAGUUCAAAGAGUUCCUCCAGGACAAAUAUGAGAAGAAAAAAUGGCAUUUCUCCAAAAGUAAGAACCGGAGGGAUGUGGAGGGUCCUUGGAGCCCCGGGGUCCAGGCCGUGCCCCCUUCUCACGGUCCUUUAGCCAACCAGGCUCCAUCCCAUAACCUGCCCCCCAACGCUAGGUCCACGAGGACGCUGUCUCAGUCCCAGCUGCCACCAUGGGAUCGAGCCCCCGCCAUCUCGCCUGCCGACAUGCGAACGGACGUGUUUACCGCUCGGCCCUCGCGCUCCCAAAGCUUCAGAGACCCCCCUAUGAAAGAUCCCGCCCUCUGCGGGAUAGAAAGACAGCGCCCAGGCUCCCUGUCAUCAGCGCUGGGAGGUCAGAGCCACGCCCCCUCCUUCCCCGCCCUCCCACGGCCCUCAGCCAGUAGCUCUUUCAAAAACCACUUCACUUUAGGUCGUACAGUGUCGGCCUCGGGGACCACGGGGCCCUUCAGAGCCUUCCCUAAGUCUCUAAGCGUGGACUUUGGAGGUCUUGGCCAUCCUCAGCAGCAGCCUCUGCCCCAAUCUCUGUCCCAGCCGCAGCAGCCCGCCGGUGUCGGCCAGACGACGCCGCCGGUCGGCAGCUCCAACGCCCUGGACAGGUACGCUGCAGUGUCACACCUGGACAGCGUCUUCUCUGACACGUCGACGGCAGCUCCACCUGCUGCUCCUCCACAGUACAGCACCCUCUUUGGCAGCAGGUUGUCAUCCAGCUCCACUCCUGCCAGUUCCCCCGGUGUCGAUACAGUCUCCAGCUCCCAAACCUUUGCAAAUUUCCCCAACCCAUUCAGCUCCAGCUCCAGCUCCGCUUCCCAGCAGCCUGUUGCCCUCUCCCCCAGUAACCCCUUCAGCAGCUCCUCAGGAGGUGAUUCUAAUGCAUUUGUCACCUCGCCCACCUCAGUUUUCCCUCCGUCCGCCUCGUUUCCAGCACCUGCUGCCCAGAAUGCAUUUCCUCAUGAGUCAGCCAAUAACCAGGAAGCCAAUGGUUUUGCCUCCUUCCCUGCGUCCGACUCUCAGCCCAAAGUCCCUCGGCCAAUGUCGGUGAACCCGUUUACAGGGAAUGUUUACCCCAGUCGAGGGACGUCGCGGAAUCCUUUCAUCUGAUACCCCCCCCCCCCCGCCCCCCACCACCCCGCUCUCCUUACUCCACCCUCCCAUCCAUCUCUGGGAACCGAGGAGGGAGAAGUGAACUUGAGGAGUCGCUGCCAUUUCAAUGCCUCUGGAGUAUUUUCACCCUCUGAGGGAGGGUUCGGACGUCCAUGCAGAACCCCUGCAACCUCCCACCCUUUCUCCUUUUUCUGUCUGUGUUUACGUGUUGUGUGUGUGUGUGUGUGUGUGUGUUUGUGUGUGUGUGUGAGGAGGGAAAAAAAAGGCACGAAUGUAAUUAUGAAAUUCAGUAUGUCUGUAUGGGAGCCUGCUGUGUUUGUACCACGUGACAUUACGUCUAAAAAGGUGUUUGUGUGCCAGUAGAUGCCACCUCAGGGCUCUGUGGGAGUCACAAGUAAACGACGCCUCUAUGAUUUUUUUGCAGAAAUACACACGUAUAUCACACCACGACGUUGCUGCUGAUGCUGCUACUUUGCUUUCAUCUCCUGCUUUAAACUGUAAAAAAAACAACACAACAACAACAGUAAAUCCGUCAGCGUUGUCUCCUGCUUUAAAACUCUCGAGUCGUCCAAAGGAAAAGCCAGUUGAAUGACCCAGCAUCACGAGUUUCUACAGAUGGUUAUAACCGCCUUAACAGCCUCUUGAUGCGUGCAAGGAAAGCGUUGGAAGUUAAAGACAGGCUUUUCUCUGUAGUGUGUGUGGAACAUGUUUGCAUUCGUCACUGUUUUUUUGUCAGGUUUUCCUUUGAAGGAUAAUUGUACGUUUUUUUCCCACUCUCAGGCUGCAUGCGCUUAGAGGGCUAAAAGGAGAUGCUACUGAAUGUAAAAGCAAUUUCAAGAAUAACUUAAAUGUGUAUAAAAACGUCAUCGCUUCAUGUACCGGACCAAAAUGUUUCUAGCUGUUUCUUUUGUUGUUGUUUUUUUUUUUUUUUUUUUGGUUGACAUGGAGGCGAAGUUUAUUUCCCUUAUUUUGCCAGAAAAAAAAGAAAGAGAUUCAUGUAACAACGUCUUUGUAAUGACAAGUAUUCAUGUUCAUAAAAUCAGUUUGUUGCUUCUUAA